GUCAAUUGUUUCCCCCGGCUUCAGGGCUGGUGUUAGUUCCAGUUCAGUCACCUUUCACCAGUCCACUGCUCAUCCACGCACUCUUCGCAUCGCUGCUUUCAUAACCUCCUCCUGUAACCACCUUCUUCUCACUAAAAUGUCCUCCAACGGUGAGACCGUGCCCGAAGGCACUAAAGAGGUCACCAGCCAGGCGGGCAAGGGCAAGGGCAAGGCCAUCGAACAGCCCCAGGCGAUGGAAGAAGACGAAGAGUCUGAAGAAGAGAGCGGCCCCGAAGAGCAACCAGAGCCUGAAGAAGAAGAAGAUGAGGACAUGGAAGAGAUCGACCCGGACAACAUCAUUCAAGGCCGCACCCGCCGCAAGCAAAUCGACUGGGCCGAGGCCGAACAAAAGUCAAAGGACGCUGGUGACGAAAUUGACGAUGAUGAAGACGAAGACGAUGAAGACUUCGAGGCCGAGGACGACGACGAGGAAAUGAAGGGUUGAAAAGAACGUCGUGCACGACAGCUUGUCGCAUAGCCACUUUCACAUUGGCUAGUUCUUGGACUGCGUCUACUAUGCCAGCUGGAUACUUGGGAUCAGAAGGGCACCACAAAUGUCGCGUCAGCAAUUCUUCCAUUACCGAGAGACGUGACAUUGUAUCACACUGCAGCAUUUGCACCUUCACAUCAGGAGUAUUCGACAGGGGGAAAAGCAAUGGUAUCUAGCGCGCGCUUCAACCGAUUGGAAGACAAAGCUCUCCAUGCACAGAGAGUGGCAUUCGGGUGUCUGUUCUCUAGCAGCAACAGGAGAAAUUGAAAGCAUCACGCGAAAAAGUGCUGGCGGAUUGCUAGACACUUCAGGCCCUCAAUAGGCCAUGUAUUUUAGCGAGACCGAAACCUCAUGCAGACAGGAAGAUAAUAAAUCAAAAAAGAGCAUCAAAAGCGUUCAAGAAUCAA